UCUGUUUCUUCCUCCUUGGAGAGAUUCUUGCAUCUUGAAAAAAGCUUCACAACUGUAAGAGAAGUUGAAUGACACUUAAAAAAGUUUACUUAUGAUGUCACUAUGUUGCAGGAGCCCCCGAGAAUGACCUGUUCAACUUCUGUGGGUGUGGCUGGCCUCAACACAUGCUGCUGCCUUGUGGUAAGCAGGAAGGGAUGGACUUUCAGCUGUUUGUCAUGGUCACUGACUGGAAACUGGACAAGGUCGCACAGCCAGCUGGGAGGCGCUCGUGUGCCAAUGCUGCCUCUUUCUGUGGCGUCCUGGACGCCCUCUACCCUGAUGCACGUCCCAUGGGCUUUCCCUUCGACCGCCGCCCCAUGCCGAUGCUGAAUGGCCAGAGCCUGGAUAGAGCCGAGGACCUGACCAGACUGAGUAACGUGGCCAUGCAGGAGAUCCAGAUCGUCUUCACCAACGCCCAGCUGAAGGAGCAGUGAACAUUGCAGUGGUUUCCUGUUUCAGGUGAAUCCUGAAAAAAAUAUGAUGUUAAAUCAAUUAUAAUUAUGAUUGGAUUCGUAUUGCAGUUGUUAACUUUAGAGUAUAUUUUGCUAUAUAACCAUUAUUACAAGAUAAAUCCCGUAUUUGACGGCUUAUAAGACGCACUUUUUUCCAGAAAAAAAGACUCAGAAAGUCACCAUUCGUCUUAUAAGGUGAAGGUUCAGUUUUUGUUACCAUUCUUAAGCCUCAAACUCUCGUAACCUACACAAAUCAUGAUGGAAAAUUAAAAGAGUUAUUCAUUGAUGUUUCUUUGUUUUUUGCUGUAGUUAUCGGUCGGAAACUACGAAAAAAUCCAAUGCGAUGAGUACGAUAGUGUGGCAAAACUGCACUCAGCCCGUGCCAUCAGUGUUUACUGAUCCCUCGAAAGGUAAGAAUGCUGCAAUGCUCGUCUUCCACCCCGCCAUCAAGUAUUAGUGAAUUCUCGUCUCUCCCCUUUGUGUUAAUAUUCAUAUGUAUAUCCAUAUACAUCCAGUAUAUUAUUAAUUAAUUUGAGUGUUUGCUGGGCUCUUGGAAGGUCCGUUUGUGACUGUUCCCGGCGGUACGCCCGCACGAACUUUAUAAUUUAUGUACCCGUUACCCCUCUACCACUGUUGCAGUCUCCGCCAUGUUUGUUUACUCCUCAAAGCAGUAGCCUCGAUUCUCUAAGAAGGACCAGUUCUGGCAGGUUCCAGUAAGUAUCAAGCAUCUUAAAUGUAAAAUAUUGGGAUUUAGGGCCGCUUUUACAGUCACUUUUCUUUGUUUUGGUCGUUACCAAUGAGAGCCAAUCGCCGCUAUAGUACGUAUUUCCACGUGAAACUGGGCGAUGCGGUAGUGGCAGCUGCGGGGUUAGCCCCGCUCUGCACCUUGCCACACACACUCAACACCUCUUGCUUCCUCUGCAGCCGACAUUACCCCAUCAGCCAGUUUCACUUGGAAAUACUGUGCCACUCAUAGGUAACGAUCAAAACAAAAAAAGUGACUGUGAAAGCGGCCCUUAGUAAGGAUCAGAAUACAUAGAAACUUUAAAAAUAACCCGUUAGUGGUGAGGGCAACGACUGUCAGGCAAAAAAUCUUCACCAGAAAUUCGUAGUUUAAACCCGUUUAUUAUUAUUAUUAUUAUUAUUAUUUUUUUUUCAAAUGACAGCCCAAUUAAGUUGGGGGUGCGUCUUAUAAGCCAGUGCGCCUUAUAAACCAUCAAAUACGGUACAUAUAUUUUUCAUUCAUCCUAAUUCAUAUUUCUGUGCACAAGUAUGAAUGUGCUGUCACUUCAACAGAAGCAAAUGGGAAGCAAUUUUUCAUAAAUAUUAUCCAUUAUGCAAUGUACUUGGGUGUGCUGUCUCAAAUAAAAUUGUCAGUAAUA